AUGCCGCUAGCUCCAGUCUUAUUCAGGUUGGCAAUGCUGGAGUUCCCUCUGACGUCAUGGGUUCGCCCAUUGGUCAAUUUGGGAAUCCCCCUCUCCUAUGCUGCCGACAACAUUGGCGUACACGUGAAACAAUCACUGAAGGAGAGGGUAUGGAAUGGUGAAUACGUGGACCUGGCUCUGCUGACUGACAAACACAUCGACGGCGAGGAGGAAGGUUUUCGAAUGGUGACUGACAGCACAGUGGGCACGUUUUCGGAAAGUAGCACCAGCAGCAGAUCUGACACCAACACCAGUACCACAAGACAUCUGGCAGAUCUAGACCAGGAGGCACAGAGGCUUCUUCAGCGGUCACUUUCCAGCAACACAUGGGCAACUUAUGAAACUGCCAUAAACACCUUGCACACCUUCCGGGCAGCGCAUAAUCUGGAUCAGUAUGGCUUGUGGGGUCAAGCUACCUGGCGAGGGCUCAGCAGUUUGUCUCAAGGGAGGGGUGGACAUCCUGUCUGUGGCUGGCCAGGGGAGGAAUGAAGUGGCAGGAACUUCUUCCCAUCGUAGAACAACAACUUAAGUCCACACAGCAUCCCAGGGCCAUCCUAUUCCACCUUGGCUCGAACAACCUGGGAUCGGUAAAGGCCAGCCAGCUCUACCUUGACAUCCAUGCUGAUCUGUUGCGCGUCAAAUUAUUGAUGCCAAAGACCACAAUCGUGUGGUCUAACAUGCUGCCGAGGAGGCAUUGGCACAGGGCACGCUGCUUCGACGCGGUGGAAAUGUCAAGAAAGAAGCUCAACAGGAGGAUCUCUAACAGAGUGCUUGAGAUGGGGGGUGUAGUCGUGAAACACCCGGACAUUACACCCAGUAGUCCUAAUAUGUAUUGUUGGGAUGGUGUCCACCUCUCCCAUGAAGGUCUGUGUAA